AUGGGCGUGUCUCUGUCAUUCCAGUCUCUUCGUUUCUGAAUUCUCUGUCAGAACAAUAGCAGGCGCUUUUCUCCCUUUUUUUAUUUUCUUCAAAACUUUAGAGCCUUAUUUUUUGUUCUUCCCCUUUCUUUCCGGUUGAUCCAGGAUUGAAUAUUCUGGGUUGGGAAAAGUGAGCUGAAACCCGUGUGGGCAAAAAUAAGGUGUUUAAGCUGACAAGUAUAUCAACUAUUGGAUUUUAGUAGUGUGAAAGGUAUCUUGGAAUCUAAGAUGGUCAUGGAUCAAUCAUUUAAUGGACUAUAUGGUUCUGAUAAAGGAUUGGAAUUAGGUGGCGAGUAUAGUUUCGAGUUGUCGAAUUGAAACAAUGAUGAUAUUAAGUUAGGGGCCAGUGGUAAGUUUGUUGAUCAAAAGUAUUCAAAUGUGCUCCUAUUGCCUCUGGAUCCAAUGCACUUGCACAGAGAUUUAGCCCCAAAUCCGGAGGUGGGGGAUGCUCAUGAGGACUUUGAUUUUAGUGAUGUAGUUCUUAAGUAUAUAAGUCAAAUGCUUAUGGAAGAAGAUAUGGAAGACAAGACCUGCAUGUUUCAAGAGUCUGCAGCGCUUCAAGCGCAAGAACAAUCAUUCUAUGAACUUAUCGGGAACAAGUAUCCUUCGCAGGAUGAUGAUCCGACUGUCCCUUGUGCUGAUCAGAAGCAUGAUAGCCCGGAUGGCAGUCUUGCUUUGCAAGAUAGUAGCUGUAGUAUUAGCAAUAGUACUAGCAGUAGUGCCAGUGUGGUGGAUCCUGGAUGGAAUUUUGAUCCUGGUGACUAUAAGUCGCCGCAGCAAGUUGCUUCUCAGUCAUCUUAUGGCUCUUCAAAUGAGGCGGGGAAUUUUGUUGAUGGGUUUGUGGAUUCUCCGAUGAGCACUCUUAGGGUUCAUGAAGCGUUUAAUGAGAUUGAGUCGGUUAUGCAGUUCAAGAGAGGGUUCGAGGAAGCGAGCAAGUUUAUUCCGAAUGCUGAAAGUCUGAUUGUUGAUUUAGAGGGUUACAAAUUUUUUUCCAAAGAGUUGAAAGACUCUAAGGACGUGACAGUUGAUGUAGAGAAGAAAUACGAGAGUGAGUACUUUCUGGAUGGAUCAAGGGGAAAGAAGCAUCCUCAUAGAGAGGAUGUCGCUGUAGAGGAGGGGAGGAGCAACAAGCAAUCGGCGUUUUGUAGCGAGUCAAAUGUGAGUUCAGAUAUGUUCGACAUGGUUUUGCUAAAUUGCGGAAAAAAUGACUCCUCUCUCCGUGAGGCUUUGCAAAAUGGGGCAAGCAAGAAUUCUCAGCAGAAUGGUCAAUCCAAAGGUACGAAUGGAGGAAAAGCUCGCGGGAAGAAGCAGGGAGGUAAGAGAGAUGUGGUGGAUUUAAGAACUCUCUUGACACUUUGUGCACAUUCUGUUGCGGCUGAUGAUAGGAGAAGCGCUGAGAAACUUCUAAAGCAGAUCAGACAACAUUCAUCUCCUACGGGCGAUGGGAUGCAGAGAUUGGCUCAGUGUUUUGCUGAUGGUCUCGAGGCACGCAUGGCUGGUUCCGGUACUCAGGUCUACAAAGCACUUAUAGCCAAACCAACAUCAGCUGCUGAUGUUUUGAAAGCUUACCACCUGCUUCUUGCUGCGUGCCCAUUCAAGAAGCUGUCAAACUUCUUCUCGAAUAAGACGAUUAUGAAUGUAGCAGAAAAAGCAACGAGGCUCCACAUUAUUGAUUUUGGUAUCCUGUAUGGCUUUCAAUGGCCUUGCCUUAUACAACGCCUCUCGUCUAGGUCUGAAGGUCCUCCCAAACUUCGGAUUACUGGAAUUGAUUUUCCUCAACCAGGUUUCCGACCUGCAGAAAGGGUUGAGGAGACUGGACGGCGCCUAGCAAACUAUGCUGAGACUUUCAAAGUCCCAUUUGAGUUCAAUGCAAUAGCACAGAAGUGGGACACCAUUCAAAUUGAGGAUCUUAAACUUGACCCUGAUGAGGUGAUUGUUGUAAACUGCAUGUACAGGCUGAGAAACCUACUUGACGAAACUGUUGUUGUAGACAGUCCGAGAGAUAUUGUUCUGAACCUUAUCAGGAAGAUGAAUCCAGAUGUUUUCAUCAUGGGGGCGGUGAAUGGAGCUUAUAGUGCGCCCUUCUUCAUCACUCGAUUCCGAGAGGCUCUAUUCCACUUCUCUACAUUGUUUGAUAUGCUUGAGACGAAUGUUCCCCGCGAGAUUCCUGAGAGCAUGCUGAUUGAGAGGGAGAUAAUCAGAAGAGAGGCUAUGAAUGUCAUCGCAUGUGAAGGCUCGGAAAGGAUUGAAAGGCCAGAAACAUACAAGCAGUGGCAGGUCCGCAAUUUGAGAGCUGGGUUUAGGCAGCUUCCUUUGAACCAGGAGAUCAUGCAGGUGGCCAAGGACAGGGUGAAAUCAUACUACCACAAGGAUUUUGUCAUCGAUAGAGAUGGACAGUGGUUGCUGCAGGGGUGGAAGGGACGGAUUGUUUACGCACUCUCAUCUUGGAAUGCCGCUUGAUGGAUUCACAAACCAUAAGAAUGUUCAUCAAAGUGCGAGAUCGAACGGUUACCAAAGUGGUCAACUUGCCACAGCAUUCUAUGUGAUUGCCCCAUGGAUUUCUGAUGCAUGAAGUGAAGGUAUUGAAGUGAAAAAUGCAAGAUCCUAUAUCUCUAUUAUGAUAUUGUUGGUGAUUUAUGUAUCAGUAGUUUUUUGGUGUAUUACAUGGUUUUUAAACCAUCUGAAUAUGUGUAUUGUAACAUGUUAUGGUAAGCAGGUUUAUUAGCAUCGGAAGUUUACUUUCUGGGAACUUAUCUUCAUGCUUCAAAAGAGCUGUCUCUGAAGUGAGGUAGAGGAACCAAACAUUUUAUGCUUGAAUGGAGAAUUUGUUGGUCUAUUCAAUUGCCUAGAUAUGUUCUCUAUCCCAAAAAAUAAUGAUAUGCAGUCUUCUGAAUAUUACAGAAAAGGCCUCACUUUUCCUGUGCAUAAGUGUCGAAUAUAAGCAAUGUUUAGGUCAGUAUUAGCAGUAUAUGGUAAGUAGUAAAAGAUUUGAAUGAACUGCAACAGCAAAACAA